CGUCAAACCGGCUUCGCUUGAGACUGGACGUACGAAUACGCUUACUCUGACGCGGUCGUCAAAACAAACCGCGGGAAAAACUUUUUCAAAAUUUUGCACGGCGAGUGUAGUGUUUUGCUAACAUUUACAAUAUUUUUAAAAUUAUCUGUGUAUUCAAAAGUAAAUUUAAGUUUCUAGUGUUUUGUAAUAUAUUAUAUUUUAAACAUAAACCAAUAUUUAAAAGACGGUCAAAUGUAUGUUUAUUUCUAUUUAUGUCGAUUGUAAACUUCAAAAUUGUGCUAUAGCUGGUGAUUUGAUUUAAAAGUGUAACGAUUUCGAACAAAAGGUGUGAAGUAAGGUGUGAACUUUGGGAACACGGACCUUUUUUAUCUUUUGUUUACAAGAACAAGGGACCAAGUACGUGGUCACUGGUCGCCAAAGGGAAUAUGAUCGGAUAAGUUCCCAAAAUGACGCUCUACCAAACGCGUCGUGCAUAUUUUGUCGAAAUGGGACUUUGAUGCGGGCUAAUGGCGGCCACCAUGGCGACUCCUGCUCACGAGCUGUACCUGCACGGCAACGAACUAAGGCCCCAACACUCCAGGGAGAGCUCACGGGACUCGGGCAUCUUCCACACGACCAAGGGCCUUUGGAAUGCUCCGGGACAAAAUAAUUGCUUCCUGAAUAGUGCUGUUCAGGUGCUGUGGCAUCUGGAUAUAUUCCGGCGAAGUUUCCGAGAGCUCACGGGCCACGCUUGCCUCGGGCCGUCGUGCAUUUUUUGCGCUUUAAAGGAGCUAUUCGCCCAAUUGCAAUGGUCGGCAGAGCGAGCGCCCGCGGCGGACAGUCUCCGCCGGGCGUUGGGUGGCGGAGGCGCGCGCUUCCAGCUCGGCUGCAUGGCCGACGCGAGCGAAUGCUUCGAGCACUUGCUCCUACGGGUGCACGCGCACGUCGCCGCCGGCAGUGGGGACAAGAGAGACGAUGACGCCUGCCGGGCGCCACACUGCGUGCCUCACAGGAAGUUCGCCAUGAUGCUCGUCGAGCAGUCGGUGUGCGGCGCCUGUCAAGCCACUUCGGAACCUCUGCCCUUCACUCAGAUGGUUCAUUACGUCUCUGCAACAGCACUAACCGCACAAGCAGCUCUUGGCGAACACGGUGACAGCUUUGGCCUGCUACUGAAGAAGGCUGGAGGCAUGGGCGACAUACGUGAUUGUCCCAACGCUUGUGGAGCGAAAAUACAAAUCUGCAGAACACUGAUGAAUCGUCCUGAAGUUGUAUCCAUUGGCAUGGUGUGGGACUCCGAAAGGCCAGCUGCCGAGCAUGUUGCAGCGGUUUACGCGGCUUUGGGGACAGAGUUACGACCGACGGAUGCAUUCCACGCUUGCGUCGACAGAGCCUGGGCAGCGCGCGCCACGCACCAGCUCGUUGGUCUCGUGACUUACUACGGCAAACACUACUCUACCUUUUUCUUCCAUAGUAAACUACGCUUAUGGAUAUACUUUGACGAUGCUGACGUCAAAGAAAUAGGACCCGAGUGGUCACAAGUAGUAGAAAAGUGCAAGAGAGGCCGAUUCCAACCUCUUCUUCUCUUGUACGCCGCAGUAGAUGGUACGCCAUGCGAUACUCGCCACGCUCCUAAAGACGUAGUGCCAUUCCCCGCACCCGAGCCACGAAGAGCAGUCACUCCCGCUCCCGAACGACCGAUGGCUGGAUACGCUAGAAGAGCUGUCACUCCUGGCCCUGAUAAUGAUAGUGAUUAUGUAAGUAGGAAAGCAGUCGAGAACAUGCUAGACGUUCAAGCCAGUCGAAGAGCCCAGUUAGCGAGAAGUCUGAGUACAAGCUCCGCUUCAGACACGCAGGAGAGGCCGAGAGCCCGCAGGGACUCUGGCAAUUGGAGUGGAGAUAGAAAUAGUGCCUCGUCUGCUUCCUCUUCUACGGUGGAAAGUCCAUACAUGUAUCCAAGAGGACGUGGUCCAGGUAGCAUCCCGAGUAGCCCGACUAGAAAAGGAGAAUUAUCUAGCGGAGGUUCUUGCGACGCUGGUUAUGAUUCCUACUCGUUAUCUUCUACUGACAGUCUUCCUCUACAACAAGGCUUAAGACAUAACUUACAACUUGCCCAAAUCCCAGAGUUAACCACUCGAGGUGACUGCGAAGCGCUUUGUCUGGAAGCGGAUAGGUUAUUAGAGAAAUCGCGCCACGCUGAAGACGCGGCUGAUUAUGAAACCGCUCUUGUACUUUGUGAUGCUGCAGCGGCUAAAGCUCGCGCUGCAAUGGAUGCACCUUAUAACAAUCCGCAUACAAUGACAUUUGCCCGAAUGAAACAUAAUACUUGUGUGAUGCGGGCGCGCAGCCUCCAACGCCGAAUGGCUGGAAUGAACAGAGUCACAGAAAUUCCGCAAUCAGCGGCUGUCAGAAAUACUAAGUGUGGCCUUGAAAGUUCACCUACGACAAUUGAGAUUUACGCCACCUUGCCUAAAAAGAAAGGUUCAGCUAAAAAAUCACCAAAAAAUAUCGAAGACGAUAUAGAUAACCCACCUAGAGAGCGGCCGCCGCGACACAAAUCUCGGGAGGAGGAAAAAGUCAGAGAAAAGCGAUCAAGAAGUGAAGACCGCAGCCGCGCCCGAAAAGAAAUAUCUGUAGCUCCAGAAAAGAAGGAAGAACCCACCGAAGACAAAAAAGCUAACAAAAAACAGCAUAAAAUUCGUAGAAAAUUACUAAUGGGUGGAUUAAUUCGAAGAAAAAAUCGUUCAAUGCCGGAUCUAACGGAAGGAGCCGACGCUAAUAAUGAAACUAAAAACAAGGAGACUCGUGUAUCUUCUGUAGAUGAUGCUGACGUAGGCAGAAGAAAAGCUGAGGACAAGAGUAAUUUGAGUGGUUAUUUAUCUGAAGGACACUUGGAAUAUUCAGCGGCGAGUGGAACGAAUCCUAACUUAGAGAGAAGUAAGCUAAUGAGGAAAAGUUUCCAUGGAAGCGCUGGUAAAAUACUGACCGCUGCAAAAGUGCCUCCACCGCCGCCGCUGCGAACGACUUCUCAGCUUAGCGGGACUAAGUUCGAGUCAGAAGUAAUAGAGCACGGUAUCCAAUCACGACCACAACAACCAUUACCACCUUCUACUCAAGGGGAAUAUUCCUAUUCUCACGACAAUGAAGAAGACUGUGGCUUUUCGGAACAAUACGGGGAAGAACAUCAGUCUCUGCCGUUUCUUCCGUCUUACGAUGAUAACGCUAUGAACCACUAUAACAAUAGACUAGAUGAUUCCCCAGAUACGUCCCAAAAUUUUCAUACAGUAGUAACUAAAGCUAUGAUCCAUCAAGAACAGAGUCCUGUUAAGAGAGAUAUUUCAAACAUAUUGCCCUCUCCGAACAAUAUUCAAAAUCUAACUAACGUGUUUGACAACGGUGUGGAUGUUGUCGACUGUGCUAUGCCGAGUAGGAGAUCGCCACCGAUGUUUGAAUUACCACCAUAUCCGAGUCCUAUGAACUCUGUCAACCAUUCAAGACAACCUAGUGAAGAAUUUCCUCCACCCCCACCGCCAAUAGUUAUCGCACAACAAAACUUGAUGCAAUUACAAGAUGAACUUAUUAAAUUACACCAACGUAAUAACAAUAACAAUACUGAUAUGAAUAAUUUUGGUCAUUCAUAUAAUCAUCAAAAUCAAAAUAAAAAUCAAAUUGACACACAAAAUGAUUCACUUCUAGCCCAGUUACAAGAAAAAAGAAAUCAAAUUCUUAGAAAUGAGGAAUGUAUUUCAAAGCUUAAUCAAUUAGAAACAAUUGGCACUCCAGGAGAUAAUUGGCUUAGAGAAUUACAAGCGAAACAAGCGGCUCUGAGAUUAAAACGUUCUGGUUCACUCGAAUGCCAGCUUUCGAGUACUAAUGAGAGCCCACAGCAAUCUUUCGAAAAUAAUAACAAUGUAAGAAAUAUAGCAUCCAGAUUCGAAACUAACGCACAAAGUAUACCCAAUGAAGGAGAACGAACUCAUGUCGGUUAUGUCGGUAUUGGAGGUAGUCGUGACGUCAUAAACUGUUCUAACCAAUCCAAUAACAGAAUAUACGCAAGACGCGCUUCAUCAUCUUCUAUUGAUCCAAAGUAUAACGACGAUGAAGACCAAAAGAACGUACACGGUGGUCUAUACGGCGAUCGUACAAAGCCUAAGAAAAAGUCAGUCUCUUUCUGUGAUCAAGUUAUUUUAGUUGCAACAGCCGAAGAUCAAGAAGACGACAGUUACAUACCUAACCCAAUUUUAGAAAGGGUAUUAAAGUCGGCUAUGAAUAAACCAGAAUUAACGACGAUUCCGCUUCAGACGGAUAAAUCAUCACUUCAAAGAACGGAAUCAUUUGACAGCCAAUCUUCGAGGUCCACGAUAUCGACGUUAUCACAGACAUCCUAUGUGCCGAACGAUGGAGGUCAUGCCGACUACUACCGAGUACAAAACUCUUACCCCACGUAUGAAAUAGCUCAAACAAGGCCACAACAGCAGUUCAAUCCUCAGAAAAGCACAUCAGUACAUGGCACCAACUCACCGGUACUAGUAAACCCGAAUCCAAAUUUACCAAACACUAAUCAGAUUUAUCAAGCUCUUCCGGCUACUUCUCAACAGAAUACAAACAACCCGAUACCUUAUAAUCAACCACCAUCUGCAUAUUCCAAUCAAAGCAGCACUAGCCCACCGAACUUUAGCCAAAAUCCUGCCAACAGGCUCACACCCACAUCGCAUAACGCACCCUACAUGACUAAACAUGUCCCAAAUAUACAAAGGCCUAUGCCGAACUCCUAUACGCAUCCGACAAAUCAGUCGCAUCAAAUACAUCAACCGCCAAACAACAAUUACUAUCAUCUAAGAUCGUCACAACCCGCUGUGUCUUAUCCCAACUACUACAACCCACCGACCAGUUACGCUAAUUCUGAUUAUUCUAGUCGAUACCCCCAAGUGAAUAGUACAAAUAAUUACAACAGCUCGCCCUACCAACGAGUUCCACCUCCACACGGAGAGGUGCCCGUUGAGAACUACAACAAUACUUACCAGAAGGUUCCUAACAACUACUAUCUUGACAACAACGCGAACAACCAAAAUCGCAUCAGUGAUGCAAGGAAUUAUACAAAUACUCAUCAACGCGCUCCAAUGUACAACCAACCUCUGGAGAAUGGUUCAAGCGCUGAACAAUAUCAGUAUUCUCAAAAUGGUUAUAGUCCUUAUCAGCAUUUGCCGCCGCCGAAACAAAUACAAAAGAAAUCUGUAUCCUUUGAACCUGGGACCAAAGGAGGGAUGGAUUCUCCUAUACCACCGCAAAUGACUGGAAAUUAUACAAACGAAAGUCAACCAACGUCAUUGAUGUCAGGCCAAAAAUCGCCUUGUAAUUUAUGUCGUAAGAAAACUGUUAACCCUCCAGCUAUAUACUGCCCUGAUUGUGAUUACUAUAUGUCAAGGUUCAAACCACGGUCAUAGCAGCGUCUAUGACGAAAUACGAAUUAACCCUACCGAAUGAAAAGAUUUUAUAAAUAAAUAUUAGUUAAUUAAGAAAAUGUAAACAACAUAAAAAUGCUAACGGAAGAUAUUAAUAUACAUAAGUAUAUGAUUACAAUGAGUUGAUAAGAAUAGAUUAUUCGAAUUGAAGUGGAUACGACUGAUCUCAAAUAAGCCUUUUAAAUAUUCCCUUCUCUAAUUUAAAUUAGAUUUUUCCUGCUUGUACAAUAUAAUCUACUUAAGUAUUUUUUAUAUAAGUAAGCUAUUUUUGUACGACAAUUUAAAUACAUUUGUUACUCUAAAAUUAAAAUACAUCAUUUUUAAAUUGUAA